AUGGGUCUCCUCCACUCUGCUGGUCUCGUUUCAGGCACUUUUGCUGCCGCUGCUUUCCUGGCCGGCAAUGCCGCCGCCGCUGCCGUCCCCAGCCCCACAACUGUGGUCUUCAAGGGUCCCUUCGUUGCGGAAGCCGAUGGAAUGACCAACAUCCACAUUGAGUUCGCCGGCCCCGUUGAUGGCGAACUCUCUGUACACUACGGUUCUUGCGAUAUGGCCAGUCCGUAUGAGGCACAUCACCGUGUCGGCAGAACUCAUGUUGGAGACCACCCGCUAGCCAAGAGAAAUCUGGGUUGGGAUGACUACAGGCCCACUCGCUUCGUCUGGCUUCCUCCUGCCGACGUGCAAUCCGGUGGCUGUCUGCAUGCCUUUGCCGGCCACGAGCUGGUUGGCAGGUCCGACGCCUUCACGGUCAAGAGAAGGAGAGCUCGCAGGAGCACCUCUUUCGCGGACAUUGCCGACCCCAUGGGCCCUUGGUUCGACGGUGUCGAGUAUUUGAAGGAGAAGGAGCCUGACUCGACCUUCGUGGCUCAAGCCAAGGGCAAGAGUGUGGGCAUCAUUGGCGGUGGUAUGUCUGGUCUGAUGACCGCUUAUCUUCUUGAGUCCGUCGGUAUCACCAACUGGAAGAUCAUCGAGGCUAGUGAGCGUAUCGGAGGUCGUGUUCACACCUCUUACCUGAAUGGAACUGCUCCAGAGGAUUAUCAGUACCAGGAAAUGGGCCCCAUGCGAUUUCCUGUCAGCCUGACGAACACUACCACCAACGACACCAUUCAGAUCAUGGACCAUCGCAUGGUGUUCCAGUUGGCCGACACGCUGAACGAGAUGAAUGGCCAUGAUCCCGCCUUGGCCGUUGACUUUAUCAAGUGGAUCCAGUCGAGCGCCAAUGACCCUGUUGACAGCACCGACGACACCCUCUCCUACUCCAACGUCACUGCCGUGGAGGACGCGCUCGAGGCAAUCGAGGACUGGGACGCGCUGACGUGGGAGAAGAUGCGGGACAUUGCCACCAACGUGUUCGACGCGCACAAGAAGGCCGUGGCCGAGGGCUACUUCGACUUCUCCGAAGCUGGCUACCUACGCUACAAGUUGCACACUGACCUUAACGUCACCGACGAGGCCGUCUCUACGGCGAGCGAUAAUCCGGAGUGGCUGUAUGAUAGCGUCUAUUUCUCAUCCUUGACUACAGAGUGGCGCACUAUCGACAAGGGCCUGAGCCGGCUACCCAAAGCCUUCACACCGCUCGUCGCCAACCGCACCCUCUUCGGCAAGCAGGUCGAGCAGCUCUCGUACAACGAGACGACGCAGCAAACCACCGCAUCGUGGCGGCCCGACGGGCCCUGGGGCACGACUCUCGACUCUCUCUCCUUCGACUAUGCCGUUGUCGCUGUCCCCUUCUCCAAAGUCCGCCUCUGGCAGCUCCCCUCCUAUUCCGGCCUGCUCACCCGUGCCAUCAACACCCUCAACUACGAGCAAAGCUGCAAGGUUGCGCUGCACUACGAAACCCGCUUCUGGGAGCACCUCUCGCCGCCCAUCGUCGGCGGUUGCGGCUCGACUUCCGCCUGGGCCGGCAUCGGCAGCAUCUGCUACCCGUCGUACACCAUCAACGCCACUGGCCCGGGUGUCCUCCUCGCCUCGUACCAAUCCGGCACUCUAGCCCGCACGCUCGGCAGCAUGACCGAGGCCGAGCACGUCGCGCACGUCGUGCGCGCCAUGGCCGCCGUGCAUGGCGACGUCGCCAUCGAACAGUUCACCGGCAAAUACGACCGCAUCUGCUGGGAGAACAACGUCCACCAGGCCGGCGCCUGGGCCAGCCCGCUCGUGGGCCAGCAGGAGCUGUACCUGCCCGCGUAUUACCACACCGAGCACCACACCGUCUUCGUCGGCGAGCACACGAGCUUCACGCACGCAUGGAUCUGGUCGGCCCUCGAGAGUGCAGUGAGGGGAACCACGCAGUUGCUGCUCGAGAUGGGGCUUGUCGACGAGGCGAAGACGGUGACGGAGACGUGGAUGGCAAGGUGGUUGCAUGUUUAA